AUGUUGCAGGCUUUGGGAGGACCUGUGCCUCCAAACACUGAUCAUGCCGUCAGUGUAUCGCUUCCAACAUGGAGAGAAAAUGUUGGCUACGAAGAAGGAGAAGAUUGGGUUAUAAAGAAGAUGCAAUGCGGAUAUCCUCGAUUCUUCGUCCAUCCUAUUAUCCAAAAGCUCGCCCAGGAGAUUGUUCGCCGAGUCGGUGACCCCAACCUCGAGUCUGCAACCCUAUUCGCAUCGGUGAAGCCAGCGCGCAUCUGUCACUCCUUUUUGCUUAGCAAAAUCCCCGCAGAGCAGGCAUACAAAGCACGGAUUAUCAACUUCGUCCCAUCCCCACAUACCGAAGCCGGAUCAACAGUGACGUCUUCUCUGUCGUGUGUUAUUUACCCAAAAGAAUACGCAUCCAUUACCAAGCAAGUAUGGCAACACUCAGGCAAUGGCAUCUCCAGUCGACGAGGUGAGUUCUGCCUUGGAGCAUUGGAGGAUGGGUUUUUGGUGGAAGACAAAGGCUUUGCGACUGCGGAGUCAAUCUCCCAGCGUCCUUGCAAGGGACCCCGCAGAUACCAAAGCGUCGGUGGAGCGAGAAAGGGCUCUGUUGGCGGAUCUCCUCCCAAAUCAAACACCGAAGACGGUCGCGACUAUGCUCAAUUUAUUGAGGAGCGGUUUGGCCGAAACCUCAGCACCUCUCUCGCCAAUCAGGCCAAGCUGGCUGUUCGCAAACGUAUUGCGGGUGUCUUGACAGCCGAUGUUGAACUACCAGAGGCCCUGGAGGCAGCUUCAUCGGAAGGUCGAGUCGCCGGAAUCUCUGAAGAGGAUGUCCUUCUUUACCCUUCGGGCAUGAGCGCCAUCUUUAACGCUCACCAGGCCUUACUUGCUACUAGAGGCGAUUUACCGUCAAUUUGUUUUGGUUUCCCUUACACGGAUACACUGAAGAUUCUCCAAAAAUGGGGGCCAGGCUGCGUAUUCUAUGGCCACGGCUCCUCGGAAGAUCUGGAUGAUCUGGAAUCUCGAUUGAAGGCUGGUGAGCGUUUUCUUGGGCUUUUUACGGAGGCACCAGGUAACCCUCUUCUGAAAACACCGGACCUCAAACGAAUUCGCGCUUUGGCAGACCAGUAUGGCUUUGCCGUGGUGGUCGACGAAACCAUCAGCAACUUUUUGAACAUCAAUGUUUUGCACCUGGCAGACAUAGUUGUCAGCAGCUUGACCAAAAUUUUCAGCGGAGAUAGCAACGUCAUGGGAGGAAGUGCUGUGCUCAACCCUCACGCACAGUAUUAUGAAGCUAUCAAGGAAACCUAUAACCGGGACUACGAAGAUAUCUACUGGGCAGAGGAUGCCGUUUUCCUGGAGAGAAACAGCCGUGAUUUUAUCUCUCGCAUUGAACAGAUCAAUGCUACCUCUGAGAACAUUACAGCUAUGCUCAAGGAGUCCCCGCUGGGCAAGUAUCCAUUUCCUUUGAGUGGGAGUUAUACUAACAAUCUCACAGUCAAAGAAGUUUACUACCCAAAAUACAGCCCCACGAAACCACUAUAUGAUAGCCUCCGUAAUGCCAAUGGUGGUUAUGGUGGUCUUUUCUCUGUCACGUUCCACUCCCAAGCCGAGGCGGUUGCCUUUUUUGACACCAUCGAGGUUUUGAAGGGACCCAGUCUUGGGACCAACUUUACGCUGAGCUCUCCGUACGUCCUCCUGGCUCAUUACGGUGAAUUGGACUGGGCGAGAUCCUUCGAUGUCGAUCCGGAUCUAGUAAGAAUCAGUGUUGGAUUAGAAGAGGUAUCUGAUCUGCGUGCCAGGGUACAACUGGCCUUGGACGCAGUGCAAAGUGUUCGGCAAGCAAGUGCAUAG